GCAGCCGCCCCGCUGAGGGGACGAGGCGAGGGAGGAGGAGGAGACGCCGCCUCCUCCUCCUUCGCCGCCGCCGCCGAGGGGUAGAGCAUGUCCGCAACUCGAGCCAAGAAAGUGAAGAUGGCCACCAAAUCCUGCCCCGACUGCGACCAACAGGUUCCUGUUGCAUGUAAAUCAUGUCCUUGUGGGUAUAUAUUUAUUAGUAGAAAACUCUUAAAUGCAAAGCAUGCAGAGAAAUCACCACCAUCUGCAGACAACAAGCAUGAGGCCAAGAGGAGACGAACAGAGAGAGUUAGGCGGGAGAAGAUUAAUUCUACUGUAAAUAAAGAUUUAGAGAACAGAAAGAGAUCUCGAAGUAACAGCCAUUCAGAUCAUAUCAGAAGAGGAAGAGGAAGACCUAAGAGUGCAUCGGCAAAAAAACACGAGGAAGAAAGAGAGAAACAGGAAAAGGAAAUUGACAUCUAUGCCAACCUUUCUGAUGAAAAGGCGUUCGUGUUUUCCGUCGCCUUGGCAGAAAUAAAUAGAAAAAUUAUCAAUCAAAGACUUAUACUCUGAUAAUUUGCAAAAUCCGAUGCAACUGUCUUCAGGAUUACAUCAGAAAAUUCUCAAGCUGUUAUGGACUCUCGGGAGCAUUCUGUCUGCAUCAACAAGGGCCAUUGAUUCUUUUCUCCCUAUUUUAAUCCAUCGCAUCGUUUAGCCUGUGCUCCUCUUUUGGAGCAGAGAUGUAGGCUUGGACUAUUGUGUGUAUGAGUGUGUGUAUGCGUGUGUGGGUGUUUGUGUGUCUGUUGUUCACCAAGAAGUAGUGUCACUGUUUCGUGUUCAGAGUAUAAGGAAGUAAAUGCAUUUGGUCUCUUGGAAAAAAAAUGCUUGAUGGAUGCAGAGGGAGGGGGAAGAACAGGGAAAGGAAAUGCACUAGAGCAUUUCCUUCAGGUUGCCAUCAGAGAUGCAAUAUUUUAAAUAUUUGGAAAGAGAAUGAUUUUGCUUUUAAAAAAUAAAUAUUUCAGAUUUUUCAACUAUAACAGUUUACAUAUGUACAGGUCACCUAACCUUGAAUAAACUUGUAAUUGAUAUUUUAUUGAACUGGGAAUUAAAAAUGUUUAUAAUGUAAUUUUUUUUCUUAAAUUAAGGAUUCUUCUUAGCCUGUUUUUUUAUGAUUGAAGGUCUAGCGUCUGGUGUGUAUCCUGGUGAUGCUUCGAGACUGCGAGUUGGGUGGGAGAAUACUUGAUAAUAUUAAGGAGCCUUCACACAGUGCAGACGUCUGCCAUGUUCUGUUGAAUGUGAUUUAUUUCUAGGCUGAACAAAAGCUUUUCUGCUCUCAAGUUGAUGCCUGUUAAACCUGAACAUAAACUAUAUUUAUUAUAGGCAAAAUGUUUCUUGAGUAUUCAUUUUUAAAAAAGUAACGUUUCUGUCUGAAUGGUUUAAAAGUGUAACUUCAGUUUCUGGAAAUAAUAAAAUUUAAAGUUAAAAGUAAGAAAA